ACCUGAACACAGUAGAUCGCUCAAUCUGAGCACUGAUGUAGGCUAUAUGUAUACACGAGUGUCCAGUGUCAGAUCAGAUGAUAAUAUCCGCACCGCGUCGCCUCACAUCUUCAUUCAUUCUCCUCAAACUGAAAGCAGGAAAAAAAAAGUUGUAAAGUGAUUCCAUGAAUGAGCUCUCACGACAUCAGUUGGCACUCUCCAGCAUCGGUUUAUUUCUCGUCAGAUUUGGACCUGAAGCAGAUCGCUGGAAAGCUGCGCGGGUGUUGGACCGAUCUUCUCCUUAGACAGGAGAGUUGUUGUGAGAGAGUUUUGCAGAAGAGCAGCAGCAGUAUGGAUUACUUUUUAUUUCGCCUCUUCUGUUUUUUGGCUUUGGCGUCGCUUUUGGUUCAAAGGGCAGACUCAAAUGAGAUCCUGGGACUAAAGAUCCCCUUUGACCCCAUCCUCAAUGCCAACACGGUGUGUUUGACCCUGCCAGGCCUGACAAAGAAACAGCUGGACGUUUGUAUGAGAAAUCCAGAUGUAACAGCCUCAGCCAUACAGGGCAUUCAGAUUGCCAUUCAUGAGUGCCAGCAUCAGUUCAGAGGGCACCGCUGGAACUGCUCAAGUUUGGAGACCAGGAAUAAAAUCCCUUAUGAGAGCGUGGUCUUCAGCAGGGGUUUCAGAGAAAGCGCAUUUGCUUAUGCCAUUGCUGCAGCUGGUGUGGUGCACGCCGUGUCUAAUGCCUGCGCCAUGGGCAAACUGAAGGCCUGCAGCUGCGACGAGAAGCGCAGAGGAGACGAGGAGGCGUUCAGGAUCAAGCUCAACCGUCUGCAGCUGGAGGCCAUCAAUCGAGGCAAAGGCAUGGUGCACGGUGUGAUGGAGCACUUUCCAGCCGACGCUCUCGGCCCCCAGGACUCCUGGGAAUGGGGCGGCUGCAGUCCCAACGUGGAGUAUGGGGAGCGCUUCUCCAAGGACUUCCUUGACUCCCGUGAGACGUACAGAGACAUUCACUCCAGGAUGAGACUUCAUAACAACAGAGUUGGCAGGCAGGUUGUGGUGGACCACAUGAGGAGGAAAUGCAAAUGCCAUGGUACAUCGGGCAGCUGUCAGCUGAAGACCUGUUGGCAGGUGACUCCAGAGUUCAGAACGGUGGGCUCGCUGCUGAAGGAGCGCUUCAACGUGGCCACGCUAAUCAAAGCCCACAAUAGAAAUACAGGUCAGGUGGAGCAUGCCCACCCCACACACCGGCGGAGAGCCAACAUCAACGAUCUAGUCUACUUCGAGAAGUCCCCUGACUUCUGUGAGAGGGACCUCGGGUCGGACUCUGCCGGGACGCAAGGCCGGAUCUGUAACAAGACCAGCCAGGGAAUGGACAACUGUGAGAGCCUUUGUUGCGGCCGGGGCCACAACAUCUUACAGCAGACUCGCAGUGAACGCUGCAAUUGCAAGUUCCACUGGUGCUGUUACGUGGUCUGCGAAGAGUGCAGGAUAACAGAGUGGGUCAGUGUCUGCAAAUGAAAUAAGCAAGCAUCUACGAAACGUACAAAAACAUUAAAUAUAGGGAUAGACUGGAAAGAUCCCUCCCUUGCGCAAUGGACUGCCGAUUCCAUGAUUCCCAUGGAAAGCACAAAUGAGAUGAAUUGAGUGCUAGAGAAGUGUGCAAGUGUUAGCACACUGCAUGGGUCCAAGCACAAGAUUUCAGACUGAUUUUGGACUUGCACUGCGUAUAAUUUCCGAAAGUAUUUUUAAUUUAAAUAAAUUAAGAAUAUGAAUAUAUUGUGGAGUAUAUUGCCAACAGAGCACUCAUCGACACGGCGUUGUGUUCGUUUUGUUUCGGUUUUCAAAGAAAUCAAUGGCUCGUAGUCCUGUAAUAUAGCACCAAGCAGACACAUGGGAUUCCGGUACUUAAAGAAGAGAAUAUAUAUCACUGUCAGACAUAAACCUUGCAUGUCCAAACCUGUAACCUGUUUUUUUUUUUUUUAUUAAGCACAGUAUUGUUAAAGUUUGAAGUUUAGUUUCACAAAUGGUCAGACACUUGGAUUAACAUAUCAAAAUCAUACUGGCAUGAAGUUAAAACUAUUUUGACCAAUGAAUGUUGAAAAUAUGUUGUCCAUCAUUAAUGGGGACAUUAUCAACUUUUCAUCACCUUAAGUUAUAAUGUCUAUUGGACUCUUUUUUUCUUUCAUUGAAUACAUUUGACCAGAAUCUCAUGUUAUAAAAGAUGAAACACAAUUCAAAAAGACAAAUAGUAGGCCCUAUUUACACUUAGUAUUACCAUCUGUUUGUGCACAUGUAGAUGAAAAGUCACAUUCCCGAUUAUACCUGAUGUUUAAGUCCAACUCUUUCAUCCAAUUUCCUAAGUUUUUUAAGAGUGGAGCAGGUGAAUAUAUUAACUUUUUUCAGACCUUUAAAUCGUAUUUUCUGAAAUAAGCUUCCACAAUUAACAGGGAAAACCACCUGAAGAGCAGCCGUUUCGAUUGUUGUGCUGAGAGAUGCAAAACUACACCAAACAUUGUGGGUUUAUUUUAGAUUCAGGACUAGUAAGAAAAUA